AUGCCUGAAGCCGGGCCACCAACCAAGCUGUCCUUAGUAGGUACAAAACCAGUCCGUAGUACAAAAAGCUCAGCCCCAUCAAUAACCCAACCUCUUUCACCAUGGGCAGGAGCGCAGCUAUCACUGCUACAUGGGAAGAGACGAAAAGCCCACUAUGACCUAAAAGAUGAUCAUGACGGUAGCGCGGGAGCGACACGCGCCUUAGAAAUACUCAGACAGCUGGAGCCCUACCUAUCCUCUGACCUGAAGGGGAUGCCUGAAACUGUUGACCAAGUGAGGACAACACUCACAGAGUUACGCACAAUGCCUGCUGGGGGGAGUGUAUCUCUUGAGCAAGCGCGUACUGUAAUACCCAUUCUGUUGAUGUAUGGGAGAGGGGACGAGACAGAAUUCUCAAAGUUUCAAAUGUACCGUCGUCUCGAGAAUAUAAUUAAGGACUCAUACCCAAGAAUGGUGUUGCAGGCAAGGAUGUUUGAUCUCUGUCAAUACAUAACAAGCCGUUUGAGUCUCAAGGAUCUGAAAGGCCUGAUUGAGACUUAUGGUCCUGAAAUUGACACAGGACACAGGUUAUAUGUUCCAACAGUGAAAGAGCUGCUUGGUGGAGCAGAACAAACGGAAUAUGAAGCACUGUAUGCUAGCAUUGACAAGUCAAGGGCUACAGCAAUGUUGGAGAUGUUGAGCAGCUAUACAGAGCAUCAAGCUCAUGGCGGCAAGCGCGUUUUUGGUAGUGCUAUUAUGGCUUUGCGCACUGGGAUGAACGAGCAAAAGCUCAAGGGAGUCAUCUCACAAGUGACUCCAGCUCUCAGGUCAGGGAGGGAGAUAAGUCUAGACAAUGCCAGAGACUAUCUGCAAAUAGUGCAAGCGUUCGGCAGUGUCUGCCCUCUACAGACCAGCAGGCAGUAUAGUGACUUUGUGAGGAGUGUGAGACAGUUCACAUCACUGCCAACCACUGAAUCACGACUCAAUGAAGACUGUACCAACAAAGCCCUCAGAAUGCACAGUUAUGCCCUUCUCACCCAUGUGUGCCAACCCUUUCCUGGUCUUCUGGCCAGUCUUGCCGGACACAGUGCACCUUUGGGACCUUCCCCAGAGCCCAGUGGCAAUACUGAGGGCGUACUAGGACGGUCGUCAACAUCACCUGACAAUGAAGAUGGAGUUCCUUACCCAGACCUUCAAGGCAGCUCCAAGGAGGUAACUCCAUCUAGUGAUGAGCUAAGAGGGAAUGAACAAAUCAGUGACGUGGAGGAGAAAGAAGAGGUAGAAGAAGAAGAGGAAGAGGAAGAAGAAGAAGAAGAAGAAGAAGAAGAAGAAGAAGAAGAAGAAGAAGAAGAAGAAGAAGUAGUAGUACAAGAAGAAGAAGAAGGAGGAGGAGAAGAAGAAGGAGGAGGAGGAGAAGAAGAAGCAGAAGAAGAAGAAGUUGUUGAUGAAUCAUCUCCCGGGUCCCAAGUUCUUGAGAGAUACCUUAGGGAAGGAGGUUCAAGCAACGAAGAGUAUCUUGAACUAGCAAAAACCCUGCAAGCUACUGCACUUGAACGGCAUCCAAGAGGUGUUCCACCUAGGGAACCCCACCCCUCUAUUGCUCGCCGAAGUGAAGGCUACUCCAUCUUGCCUUAUCGACUAGUUCUACGUGUUACUGUCCCUUUCCCUUUGAAGGCAAUUUGA